AUCGGCCGCGGCCCGGUCCCCACGCGGUGCCCCCCGCCCCCCGGCCCGGCGCGAGGCUGCCACCGGGGCUCCCGCGCCCCCGCCGAGGCCCGGAAGGGGCCGGCCGCGCUUCCGUCUCGCCGGGGAUGCUCGGAGGGCGGAGCCGCGGCCCGAGGACGCGACGCGAGCCCAGUUCCGGCGAGGAGGCCGCGCCAGUGACAGCGAUGGCGGCGGAGUCGGCGCUGCAAGUCGUGGAGCGGCUGCAGGCGCGCCUGGCCACGAACCCGGACCCCAAGAAGCUUUUGAAAUAUUUGAAGAAACUCUCCACCUUGCCAAUUACAGUAGACAUCCUUGCGGAGACCGGGGUCGGGAAGACGGUGAACGGCUUGCGGAAGCACGAGCAGGUCGGAGGCUUCGCCAGGGACCUCGUGGCCCAGUGGAAGAAGCUGGUUCCCGUGGAACGAAACAAUGAGCCUGAGGACCAGGACUAUGAGAAGAGUAGCUCGCGGAAGCGCCCUCGGGAUGCUGUCCAGGAGGACGAGGACGGGGAACAGGAGGGAGACGAGCAGGAGCCCUGGCGGGCCUCCGGGAGCCAGACCUACAGCCCCGACCACAGACAGAAGAAGCACCGGAAGCUGGCAGAGCCUGAGAGGCCGCAGCGGGCAGCACCCAGCCACGAGAGGAAGCGCUGCCACCGGGCAUCACCCGCCUACUCCUCCGACCAUGAGUCCUCUGAUUAUGGUCACGUCCAGUCCCCACCGCCGUCCGCCAGCCCGCAGCAGGUGUACCUGGACCACUACAGGUGCCCAGAUGAGGACCCCGAGCCCAUCAUCCCAUCCCAGAAGUCUGGCAGAACUCACAGCAAUGCCUUUCAGAACAGACUGGGAGUGAUCCCAGAGCGGCAGCCAGCUGAGCCCCCAGCGAGAGAGGCUGGCGGCCACCGCAAGGAGCACAAGUCUUCCCACAGGGAGAAGCGUCCUGGGGAGGCCAGAGGAGACUCGGGGAGCAGAGAGAAAUCCCACAGCCGGAGGCCGCCCUCGGGGGACAGCACGCGGGAGAAGCUGCCCUCAGGUGGGCCCCAUAAGGAGAAGGAGCGAGACGGGGGCAGCCUCAAAAAGAAGGUUUUGCCCGCCUCGGAGGUGGCUUCGGACAACCACCUUAAAAAGCCAAAGCACAAGGACUCACACAAAACCAAAUCAGACAAAAAGCCAAGUGUAGACGGCGCUGGCGCGGGCAAGGGCCCCACCGAGCCCCCGGCCAAGGCAAAAGGGAAGGCGUCUGAUGGCCUCAAGAUGCAGGAAGGCAAAGGGAAGGCCGGCAGGUCGGAGCGGAGGCCCAAAGCUGAGGAGGCGGACACGGAGGACGGCUUUGAGGAGCCCACCAUGUCAUUCGAGUCAUACCUCAGCUACGACCAGCCCAAGAAGAAAAAGAAAAAGACUGUGAAAACUUCAGCCACAGCACUUGGAGAGAAGGGGCUGAAAAAAAAUGACUCAAAAAGCACUAGUAAAAGCUUGAACUCGGGGCAGAAGCUGCCCAAGGCGAAUGGAAGCAAGGUGGAGAAGCUGCAGCCGGCCACAGCCGACUCAGCCAGGCUGAGAAAGGUCCCCACGGACCCGUUGCCGGUGUUGCCAGACCUCCCACUGCCCAUGAUCCAGAGCAAUUACCGUCCACUUCCUUCCCUCGAAUCGAUCUGUUCCUUCCAGCCAAAGCGAAAAGCAUUCUCGUCCCCCCAGGAAGAGGACGAAGCGGGGUUCACUGGCCGGAGAAUGAAUUCCAAGAUGCAGGUGUAUUCCGGUUCCAAAUGUGCCUAUCUCCCCAAGAUGAUGACCUUGCACCAGCAGUGCAUCCGAGUUCUUAAAAACAACAUCGAUUCCAUCUAUGAAGUAGGCGGUGUCCCUUACUCUGUGCUCGAGCCCGUGCUGGAGAGAUGCACCCCUGACCAGCUGUACCGCAUAGAAGAGUGUAAUCACGUAUUAAUUGAAGAAACAGAUCAAUUAUGGAAAGUUCAUUGUCAUCGAGACUUUAAAGAAGAAAGACCAGAAGAAUACGAGUCAUGGCGGGAGAUGUACCUGCGACUUCAGGAGGCCCGAGAGCAGCGGUUACGGCUGCUGACUAAGAACAUUCAGUCUGCCCAUGCCAAUAAGCCCAAAGGCAGACAAGCAAAGAUGGCCUUCGUCAACUCCGUGGCCAAGCCUCCUCGCGAUGUCCGAAGGAGGCAGGAGAAGUUUGGAACUGGAGGAGCAGUUGUUGCCGACAAAAUUAAGAUUAAGCCAGCCCCGUAUCCUUCCGGAAGUAGUCACACCUCCAGCAGCAACAGCUUCCAGGCCAGCCCUGAAGAGCCAGCCUACGACGGCCCAAGCACCAGCAGUGCCCACCUGGCGCCAGCAGUCAGCACUGUUUCCUACGAUCCUAGGAAGCCAGCUGUGAAGAAAAUCGCCCCGAUGAUGGCCAAGACGAUUAAAGCCUUCAAAAACAGAUUCUCCCGGCGAUAGAGGAGGGCCUGCCCCCGAGCUGGAUUUGGUGGGGGCAGGGGGACAAGGACAGUGGGAGUUGGGCCUGGAACUUGGAAGGAAGCCGGCGUCUUUCGCUUUGUGGACACUUCGGUCUCACAGCGGCGCCCGUUGGUGGGCGUCACCCAGCCCCGCCCCACCCACCCGGAGCACACGUCAGGGUUCUGAAGGAGAUGUGACACCUCAGUUUCACUGAGCAUUUUAAGGUCAAUUCUACUUUUGUUGUUAAUUAGCAUCUUUGUAAACUAUAAGACAUAGUUUUAAUUAAUAAAUAUUGCCCCCAGAUUGUAUUUA